GAAAACUAAAGAAAAGAACAAGAGAGUUUUAAGAGACUUCACAUAUUCACAUCGUGACUUGUACUAUAUAUUUGUCAUUGUCUUGAUUUUGGCUGAAGAGAAAAGUUUAGAACCCAACAGUUAAUCUAUAUCAAUUGACGGCUUCUGGCAGACGACUGGGUAUCGAAAUGCCCUUUGCCCCAAGCUCCAAUUCGGAUAUCACUGUUUGUGUAUCUUUGUUAGAGCCGACGAUAUAUGUCACUACGCAUUCUUCUGCCCCGUCAGUGCUACGUGGUCGUGUUGUCCUCAGCGUAUCCAAAGAAGUACGGAUUCGGCAUGCAGUGAUCAGGUUUCAGGGAGCAAUUCGCUCUCGGAAAGUUGGACGACGGAGGGCCAAUGAUCAACUCAUCGUCAGCCAGACCUGGCCGAUGCUUGGAGUUGGGUCUCGUACCUAUAGCAAUACCCUAUUUUCAGAUAGGAAUUGCAGAGCAAAGAGGCGAGGUUCCACCUGCUUCGCCUCUUCGACUACCGAGUCUGAAAAUCAUAGACCCAAUUGCCAUGAAAUACUCACACCAGGCCGAUACGUGUAUGGAUUUGAGCUGACCCCUGAUCAAAUGCUUCCCGAAUCCUUUGAUAUUGGUGGUUAUCAGCUGAAAUACCAUCUUCAAGCGCUUGUGUACCGACCCGGCAUAUUCAAUCGUGACAUCUCCCAGAGCCAAGAGGUUACUGUACUUCGCUGUCCAGAUGAAAUGUAUCAGCACGAUACUGAACACAUCAGCCUUUCAAGGACGUGGAACAAGCGGAUACCCUAUCAGGUAGAAGUUUCUGGCAAAGGAGCUCCAAUAGAUGGGGACAUUCCAAUUGCAAUCACAGUUUCAUGCCGCGACAUACAGUCUAUAAUAAUCCAAGUCUACUUGGGUCAGAAAAUCACCUACUCAGAUGUUAAGGGGAAGGAGCCCAAGCUACGUAGGAAAUUGUUAAUGAAAGGGAAAUGCAGGGAUUUAUCGGCGGCUAAGUUUAGCUGUGUUGGGCCAUCCUGUGAUGUUUCCCCGUUUAUAAACCUCGAACAGCAAGGCGAAACGGUGAAAAUUUACACCAACUUACCUCUUCCUGAUGAAAGUUCGCGAUUUAUCACCAUGCAUUCGGAUGUAGAUUGUGAAAAGUUACGGGUAACGCACUCACUGCUUUUCAUCAUAGAUGUUACUACACCCCCAAACGAAUAUUCACCUCAUAGGCCGACCCUGUGUCGUCUUACCGCAGAAACCGCCUUUUGCAUCCGAUCGCCCCAUACUCAAGUCCACAACAUGUUUGUACCCCAGUAUUCGCAAAACGACAUGGGGACAGAUGGCAAUUUAACCGAUUGGGCUCGAAUAUCGGAUACGAGUGAACGGCUUUCUAGCCAUGACUUGGCGACUAUCGUCACCCAACCUCCUAGUGCUAUUGCCGGAAAUAAUACCCAACAAGCCGAUAGCAUAGGGACUGCAUGUGUUUCACCAACUUAUUUCCCACCAAUUUAUCGUGAUCUAAGCCUAGGUGCCUUUGGAGAACGUCAAUAUACAUCUUCGUUUCCACCGCCGCCAGCGUACGAGUCGAUUAUGUAGAAUUAGUUUCCAGUUGAACAGGCGGCAGUGAUGUCGAGUUGAAGUUAUGUUCAGCUUGUGCUUCAUGACGCGGAAUUCCUACUCUGCAAGUCAUAUUCACGAUUUGACCUUUCUUUUCACAAUGAAGAACGAUGGGAUACAAUGUAUUAUGAGGCCUAUAUAUGCAAAGAUAAUUCAUGGACCUUGUGUG